CCUCUUCUCUUUUGCUCCUAAUUUUUAUUGUAUCAUCGAUCCACCUGCCCAUUCUUCUCUUUAAAGCCAAUAAUUCUAUCUCUCCUAUCCGAUCAGAUCUCUUUCAUUUAUCCUCUCGUGGAAAGAGUCUUGAUAGCUGGUAAUAUAUCACUACUACUGUACUUCAAUAUUUCUUUGAGUAUAGCUGAGUGGAAAAUAUAAGACUUGGGUUUUUUCUGGGAUUUUUUUUCUUGAGUGCAUAAUUGGAUAAAAAGAAGGGAAAACAAUGGCAAGAAAGAAGAUCAGAGAGUAUGAUUCAAAGAGACUUCUAAAGGAGAAUUUGAAAGGACUUGCUGGGAUUGACCUGCAGAUCUGCUCUGCUCAAGUGAAUGAAUCUACGGAUUUCACGGAGUUGACAAACCAAGAACCAUGGCUUUCAUCUACACAGUUGGUUGUUAAACCUGAUAUGUUGUUUGGGAAGCGUGGUAAGAGUGGGUUGGUAGCUUUGAAUUUGGAUCUAGCACAAGUUGCUGAGUUUGUAAAAGCUCGCCUUGGUGUGGAGGUUGAGAUGGGUGGUUGCAAGGCACCUAUUACAACCUUCAUUGUUGAACCAUUUGUUCCCCAUGACCAAGAAUAUUACCUCUCCAUAGUUUCUGAAAGGUUAGGGAGUACCAUUAGCUUUUCAGAAUGUGGAGGUAUUGAAAUUGAAGAGAAUUGGGACAAGGUUAAGACAAUCUUUCUUCCAACUGAAAAACCUAUGACAACGGAGGCAUGUGCUCCACUGAUUGCUACACUUCCUUUGGAGGUACGAGGGAAGAUUGGGGACUUUAUAAUGGGCGUAUUUUCUGUAUUUCAAGAUCUGGAUUUCAGUUUCCUUGAGAUGAAUCCCUUUACAUUGGUAAAUGGGGAGCCAUAUCCAUUGGACAUGCGAGGAGAGUUGGACGACACUGCUGCUUUUAAGAACUUUAAGAAGUGGGGUAUGAUAGAGUUCCCUCUUCCUUUUGGAAGGGUUUUGAGCUCAACUGAGAGCUUUGUUCACACAUUGGAUGAAAAAACUAGCGCUUCUUUGAAGUUCACUGUUCUGAAUCCUAAAGGACGCAUCUGGACAAUGGUGGCUGGUGGUGGUGCAAGUGUUAUUUAUGCUGAUACAGUUGGAGACCUGGGAUAUGCAUCAGAGCUUGGUAACUAUGCAGAAUACAGUGGAGCGCCAAAUGAAGAGGAAGUUUUGCAAUAUGCUCGAGUAGUCAUUGAUUGUGCAACAGCAAACCCUGACGGCCGUAAGAGAGCUCUACUUAUUGGUGGUGGCAUUGCAAAUUUUACUGACGUUGCUGCUACUUUCAAUGGGAUUAUUCGAGCUCUUAGGGAGAAGGAAUCCAAGUUAAAGGCUGCCAGAAUGCAUAUAUAUGUUCGAAGAGGUGGUCCUAACUAUCAGACUGGCUUGGCGAAGAUGCGUGCUUUGGGAGAGGAAUUGGGAGUUCCCCUUGAGGUUUAUGGGCCUGAGGCUACAAUGACUGGAAUUUGUAAGGAAGCGAUUGAAUGCAUAAUGUCUACAGCAUAGUUUUGCAACUUCAUCUGACAACCUGCUUGUUCUUCUUUUUCACACUUUUAGACACAACCUGCGAUAAGAAAGGACAAAUGGAUUUCUGAUCCAGCCAUGGCAUUUGUUUUGCUUUCUUCCUUUGGCAACUGUGAAUACUGAAAUUGGACAUCUUGAAAUGUUUGGUGAUCAAUUGUAUCUUUUUUGUUGGUAUUCAAACUGGCAGCUUCGAGUAAUAAUUGCAUGUAGGCAAGAUUUAAUGAAGGCUUGUUUUUGAUUGCUCAAUA